AUGUCACAAGGGCCGGGGCCAGCGCCUGCUGUUGCUGAGCCUGCAGCAGCAGCAGCAGCAGCAGCAACUGCAGCAGCAACAGCAACUCCAGCAGCAGCAGAAGCAACAGCAGCAGGCCACGAGCCGUUUCCUCCUUCGCUGUUAACAACCACCUCCUCUUCCCGUCCUAGUAAGCUCGAUGUCCUUGAAAAUGCGGGACAAUUUCCUAGCAGCAGCAGCAACAGGAGCAGCAGCAGCAGCAGCAGCAGCAGCAAGUUGGCUGCCAGCAGCAACAACAGGCUCCUCAGCAGCACAAACACCUGCCGUGUUCCUAUCUUGCUGAAGGGAGACGCAGACUGCUUUGUUGCUGUUAAUGUUGGCGGCCUCGUUGCUGUACCGCUUCUCCAGCAGCAGCAGCAGCAGCAGCAGCAGCAGCAGCAGACCGCUUGCUGUGGCUGCUGUCCAGAGACAAGAGGAGAUACGGGAGCAGCAUCAUUUUUAGUAACAGCAGCUCUCUUUGUUGAUGGCCGCAGGACUGCACCCCCUUGCCUGCUGCUGCCACCCAUGCAGCAGCAGCAACUGCAGCAGCAGCAGCAGCACGGUGCAUGCAGUGCUGCAGGAGUGCAGCAAGAGGAAGAAUUAGAUGGUGACAAACAACUCGGCCUUUGGCCUCGCCCCUGUCUACAUAGUUUAAUUGGAUACCCCACAUGCUCUGCUGCUGCUGCUGCUGCUCCUGCUGCAGCUGGUGGUGAUUCAGCAGAUGCUGCAGCAACUCCUGCUGCACCCCUCCAGCAGCAGAAUUCCAAGCGGCAGGACGCAGCAGCAGAAACAGUAAACGGAGUGGGGAACUGGCGAGCAGCAGCAACAGAAGCAGCACCAGAAACCGAUAAAACAACCGAGCAGCAGCAGCCAGCAGCAGCAGCAGCAGCAAGCGUUGCUGCUGCUGGAGCUGCUGCAGAUCAACUUCGGUCAAGUGAAACCGCCAAAGACGCGGUGAGGUUGGAGACGAAUGGCAGCAGCAACAGCAGCAACAGCAGCAAUUGCAGCAACAGCAGCAACUGCAGGAGCAACAGCAGCAGCAGCAGCAGCAGCAGGUGCUGCUGCGUGCACUGCGGCACAAACUAUGUGUCGCUGCAGCAGCUGCUGCGGCUGCCUGUGAAGGUCUCCGCGCUGCCGCUAAAUGCUGUGCUGCUGUUUGGCGUCUUUGUGCACGAUGGCCUAGCUGCUGCUGCUGAUGGUGCAGCAGCAGCAGCAGCAGCAGCAACGGAGACAGCAGCAACAGGAGAUGGCUGGCGGCUUUUUGGUGUCUCGGUAAUGCCCCUUCACGAUGCUUCUGCCUGUGUUAAGCAGGGCAGGCAGCUGCUGCCUAUUCACUUGCUGCAGCACUACCUGCCGCUGCUGCCCCUCAGCAGCAGCAGCAACAGCAACAGUAACAGCAACAGCAGUAAUACGCAGCAGCAGAGCCGCAUCCAACAGCAGCGGGCGCUGGAGGCGCUUCGAGAUGCGCUGCUGCCGUUGUCGCUGCAGCGGAUCCAGUGCAGCGCAGCUGAUGCAGCAACGGAGGCAGCAGCAGGAGCUGCUGCUGCGGCAUCAACAGCUGCAGCUGCUGCAGCAGCACCAUUUGGGUGGACAGCACAGUCGGUGCUGUCGCUGCUAUGCUCGGCCAGUGGCCCUCUAGCAGCAGUGCAGCAGCAGCAGAAGCACAAGCACCAGCAGCAACAGCAGCAGCCGCAACAGGAGCAGGAGCAGCAGCAGCAGCUGGUCCUCGAGAGAGUAGAGAUUGAGGCAGCAGCAGUCCGCUGCUGCAGGCUGCUGCAUUUGCUGCAGAGCGGUGUAAUUCCUCCUGCUGAGGAGACACUUGAUGCAGCAGCGCAGCAGCAAUUGCAGCAGCAGCUGCAGCAGCAUCUGCUACUACUGCAGCAGCUCGCCCAAGCCGACUACGAGGAAGUGUGGCAGCAUAUUGUUGGUGCAGCAGCUGCUGCCCCAGGAGCAACUCCCACAGCACCAGCAGCAACAGCAACAGCAGCAGCAGCAGCCGCAGCAGCAGCAGCGCGAGUUCCCUUUGGGGGGUUCCUUUAUGUUGAAACUCCUUCUUACGGGCUGCCGCUGCUGCACGGUGAGCUGCGGCUGCUGCGUGCUGCUGCUGGGUCUCUAGGUCCAGCAACAGCAGCAGCAGCGCAGCAGCAGCGGCCGCCCCCCCUGCUAUUGCAGCAACCCGUUGGCACCAGCAGUAAAAUGCCUCUCCCUUUCCUUCCUCCCCCGAGGGUAAACAAAUUGCAUGCAGCCCCACCGGUGGCCCCUGCAGAGGCUGCAAAGAUGCUGCUGGUGCAGCAGCAGCUGCAACAGCAAGAGGAUAUGCUGCAGAAGAAGCAGCAGCAGCGAGCGGAACAGCUGCAGCAGCAACAGCAGCAGCGGCCCCAGAACAAACUAGCAGAGGCGCCUGCUGCAAUUCUUCCCUCUGUGUCUUCAGCAGCAGCACCAACAGCUGCUGCUGCUGCGGCAGGCAUAGAGACAACCAACUCACAAGCAACUGCAGCAGUAAAAGCAGCAGCAGCAACAGCAGCAACAACUCCUGCUCCACGUAACUGGCUGAGCAGGACAUGGGGCAUUCCUCCUUUGAUACCCGUUUCUGCAUCUGCAGCAGCAACAGCAGCAACAGCAGCAACAGCAACAGCAGCAGGAUCUGAGCGACUUACUGACGCUGCAGUUGCAUACAGCAGAGAAGGACCUCAAAGGCAACCCGGAGCAACAGCAGUAAGCGAUGCAGCAACAACAGCAACAGCAACAGCAGCAGCAGCAACGGGCGCAGCUACUGGAGGUAUUGAACCAGGAGGAGAAAUCUCUGCUGCUGCUGCUGCAGCUGCUGCUGAUGCUGCCUCGGCAGGACCAGCAGCUGAUGCCCCGGAGCUCGCUUUCGUCGGGCUGCCGCUUAGAGAGAUCAUCCAACAGCAGCAACAGCUGCAGCAGCAACAGCAGCAACAGCAGCAGCAACGGCAGCAGCAGCAGCAGAACUGGAAGCUGCUGCUGCGUAAUCCAUUAGUAGCAGAGCGGCUGCAGCGGCCAGCAGCAGCAGCAGGGCAGCUGCCUCCUGCUGCAGUGACGCGGGCCUUUCAGCGUUGCUUCUUAGGGGCGGGUGUAUCAGGUGCUCCUUCAAGAGAAGAAAGGGCACUCCUAUGGACAUACAGGCAACAAUUGAUGCGGCUGCCGUGUGCACUGGCGCGGCUACUGCAGACGGUGGACUGGAGCAGCAGCAGCAGCAACACCCCUCAGCAGCAACAGCAGCAACAGCAGCAGCAGCAGGAGGCGCUGCAGUUGCUACAAGAGGUGGAUCCUUCGUUAUUGUCUGUUGAAGACAUCUUAGGUUUGCUGCUCUUCUCGACAGAGGUAGAACCUGCAGCAGCAGCAGCAGCAGCAGCAGCAGCAGCGGGAAGUGGCCUGGGUACUGGUGAAGCAGGCGGUAGCAACGGCAACAGCAGCUGUAGCAGCAGCAGCAGCAGCAUAGCAGCAGUAGUGCAUGCAAAGGUCAAGGAAUUAGCCGUGCAGGGCAUCGAGGUGGCCCCACAAGAGGAGAUCCUCUUCUUCAUGCAGCAGCUCGUACAGCUCAUUCGGACGGAUCAGCACGUGUGCAGCAGCGGUGGCCGAUUAGCUGCUGCUCUAAUCCGCCGCAGCGCAACAGAUGUCUCCUUAGCCUUAAGUUUAUAUUGGCUGCUGCAGUCUAGCAAAGAACAUCCUGCUGACGGCCAUUUGUACGUUCGAGCUGAGCAGCGAUUUCUCGACUGUCUCCGCAGGAGGAGACGUCGUCUAUACACCUCGGUGCCAGCGCAGCAGCAGCAGCAACAACAGCAAGAGCAGCAGCCGCAACAACAGCAAGAGCAGAAGCAGCAACAACAACAGCAACAACAACAGCAAGAGCAGCAGAAGCAGCAACAGCAGCAACCGCAGCAAUUGCACCCCCGUGUGCGGCAACAGGCAGAAAUGGCGGAUAAAAUCUUGCGGCUUCUUGAAAGACAGCGGCUGUGCCGUGACGGCUUUCAGUCUCUCUUCCCCCCAGGGGAGAAUCCGGCUUUCUCAGGCAUGCAGCAGCAGCAGCAACAGCAGCAGCAGCAGCAGGGACAGAAGGGAGUUGAAAGCUUACUAGAAAGGGAAGUGAUGGCAAAGGAUGGUGGCCUUGCGCAGACGCAAGUUGAUGCUGCCGUAUCGGCAGCAGCAGCAGCAGCAGAAGCAGCAGAAGCAGCAGGCAUAGCAGCAGGAGGAAAUACAUCUAAUUCAUCAUCUGCUGCUGGUGGUGUUGGUGGAUUGCCAAUUAUAGAACGUUUGUUGCAUGCAUGCGUGAAUGGUUGUAGUUCAGCAGAAGAAGAAGCAGAAAUAGCAGCAGCAGCAGCAGCAGCAGCAGCAGAAUUUGGUAUCCCUCUCCCUUUUGAUUCUUCUUCUGUGCUGCUGCACAUAAUAGCUGAUGAUUGUUAUGUAAUGAAGAGUAGUCAGUACCCCUUAGUAAUAAAGGCCCUAAUAUACCAGCAGCCUCAACCCCAGCAGCAGCAGCAGCAGCAGCAGCACCCCCACCGCCCCUACCACCAGCACCACCAGCACCAGCAGCAGCAGCAGCAGCAGCAGCAGCAGCAAGGGGGAGUACUGAGGCUGCAGCGUUUCUUAUAUAAGGCAGAAGACGAUCUAAGACAAGACGUCUUAGUAUUACAAUUAAUUAGUUAUAUUGAUCGUCUAUUAAGACUUUAUGGCUUAGAUCUAAAGCUUACACAUUAUAAGGUGGUUGCUUUUUCUGCAUUUGAUGGUAUGAUUGAAUUCUUAGAGGGUUGUGUUUCUUUUGCGCAAAUAAAAAGAGAUAAUCAUUCAUUACUCUCUUACUUAGAGUCACUAGGCAGCAGCAGCAGCAACAACAACAGCAGCAGCAACAACAACAACAGCAACGGCAGCAGCAAUAACAGCAGCAGCAACAGCAAUGGCAACAACAACAUCAACAACGGCAACAAUAGCAACGGGAACAACUACAACAGCAACAACAGCAACAACAGCAACAACAGCAACAACAGCAACAGCAACAGCAGCAGCAGCAGCACGGAGGAGCUGAAGAGGAAUUUCUUGGCAUCUUGUGCAGGUUAUUGUGUUUUUACGUAUUUGUUGGGUGUAGGGGAUAGACAUUUAGAUAAUUUAUUAUUAAAAAGAGAUGGUAAAAUGCUGCAUAUUGACUUCGGAUUCAUAUUAGGAGAAG